AUGGACGAACCUUCAGGAGCGAUUAACAUGCCUUGCACGAGCUAUGCCAUACGCCGUGAGAUAUCGCGGCUUCUUCGAUAUCUGACCGCCUUUAUCUGGUCCGAUCUCUCACCUUCAGAAGACAGACCAAUAGAUCCAGAACUGAGUUCAGAUAUUCGAAUAGCUGGAACUAAUUUCGUUGAGAAGGGCAACAGACUGCACCUGACCUGCAACGCCACCGGCGACGACUACCGCCCAGACGCCAUCGACUGGUUCAAGGACGGCAUCAAGAUGUCGUCGUUCGACAUCCGUCGUCGCAUCUCCAUCGACGUGUCGCUGGUCGACAAAACAAUCAUCAGCCAACUGACAAUCCGCCGCACCGUCAUGUCCGACUCAGGCACGUACGUGUGCAGGACCUCCGACCAGCAGAUCACCAGUCUGAAGGUCAACAUCCUCAACACCGAGACGAACAACGAAAAGAGAGAUAUGAAUGUCAAGGACAAGAUCACAGACAUAGAAAUCCAAGGUUCGGGCGCCGCCAAAGAAACGGUCUCUCUGACAUUCGCAGUGCUUGCCGCCAUGAUGUGUGUUCUAUUCAUUGGCAGAUGACGUCAUCACAUCACGUGAACAAUCGUGUUGUGUAUUUAUCGGUAAAGAAGCAGUUUUCACACAGAGACACCCCGUGCCCAAAUGGAUGUGUUCGGAUUGGAUUAAAUUGGAUUUCGUUAUACAUUGUUUAAAAAAGAAAUUUGCAGGUUCGCAUGUGCGUUUGUUUUGAACAACAUGGAACCACUAAGGAGUGCAUCUGUUCAGAUUGUGAACCGCGAAUUCUGGUAGAAUGGAUAAAUCUGAAGGUCACAUGACCUACUUUUUUCUGAUGACUUGACGGAGAUUACGUGUUUUAAAGCAAAUGUCAUUCGGGAUGGACCCUCGUGAAUGGAUCUUGGAAGCAAAUGCAGCACAAAAAACACAGCAAAAGACCAAUGCUAAUUUGUUUUUGGUUGUUCAUAAUGGAACAUAUUUAGGCAGCAGCUAAUGUAGCCAAAGUGUGAAGACAAAGGUCACUUCAUUACUUGGCAAUCUGCUAUCAAUGCGGGUAAAUUAAAGCGAUCAGAUAUUCAUAAUUCUUCUUGCAGAUCAUUUGCAAUCUUACCUGCUUGUUCUCCACUGACGUAAGUGUGUCAUGAAUAAACGUUUAUGACAUUGCUUCGUUGAUGUACAUAAUAGUUGUGUGA